GUUGCACAUUUUUUCUCGCCUGAAGUCGUCACACUCAUUUAUCCUCGUUUCUCGUCCAAACAGCCUGUCACAUCAUAUAUCAUGCUACACAGAACGUACUUUUUGUUGCUAUUGCUGAGCCUUGCUGCCUCUGCCAUUGCUGCCGAUGCCGUUGCUGCUGUCACCACUCCAGUUGUCGGCGCUGUUACUACUGGUACCACCACCGGCACCACUACUCCACCACCGGCACCACUACUCCAGCUUGUCGGCGCUGUUACUACUGGUGUCACCACCGGUACCACUACUCCAGUUGUCGGCGCUGUUACUACUGGUGUCACCACUGACACCACUACUCCUGUUGCCACCACUCUCAGAACCACCACCACAGGGGGCACGGAUCAGGGAUCGCUGACCCUGAUUAGCACCCCUAUCUGGGUAACUACAACCAUAGCCAAUGGUGCUUUGGCAACUGUCCAGGUGUUGUACACCCAAAAGUUUGUUCCGAUGUAUAGCACGGUUGCUUCCCCGCUUCUGGGCUCUAUCGGCUUAGGAACAUUGUCUGGAACUGUUGGGACUGUGCGUACUUACGUGACCGUCACUCCAACCCAACCCAAGUAAUAACAGACUUCUCCGGCUAGACCAACUCAAAGUCCUCAAAUCAGAUUGCUUAGGCACGAUGUUUGUUGGUUUGGCGACUCAUCAUCUUCCUCCGUUGUAUAUUAACCUUCAUUCUCAUGUGACUCUGUUCACUUAACCAUUUUUUUUUCAUCUUGAUCCUC